AUGAACACCACGGUUAUGGCCAACACGACCAUGUUCCCGACCUUCAACGGGACCAAUGUCACCACCAGUGCAACAACAAACAUGACGAGCACCAGCAUGUUGACCUCCUCCCCGACCUCGACAUGGACGACGGGCCCCUUCACCACGCAGACGCCGGCGCCAACGCCGAUUCCAGGCAGCCUGGACACCCCGUGGUACUUCAGCGACGUGCUGGACCUGCCUGCCCUCAUCUUGUACGGCAUCGUCGGCGCUAACCUCGUGCUCAGCUUCAUGGCAUGGUUCAUCCUGAAGUGCUGCUUGCAUCGCCCGCGCUCGGCGCGUCGCGUGCGCUUCGUUGCGCCCAUUGUGCAUUUCCUCAUCUUCUUCCUGUUUGAGUUUGUGGUUCUCUGUGCUCGACUUCACGCCUGGACCACCAACGACAACGAGUACACGCCGUCGUGGACGGCGGAGGGCGAAAUGGUGUUCCCCGGUCCGGCGUUUAGCUCAAGCCUCAGCCCCGAUUUCCUGCGCGAGGUUGGCUGCAGCGACUUUAUCUUGACCAAUGGCACGACGAGCACACUGGAGCCGGUCGGCCCCAGCGAGUGCAGCUUGGGCAUCCGGAUCGGAGCAAAGCUGUCGCCAGGCACGGUGGCCACCAUCAGCCUGGUCCUCGGCCUGAUGGGGUUCGUCCUGCUGGAGAUGUUUGUGCUCCUGCUGGAGAUGGAACUGGAGCGCCUCAAGCUGAAAACCUUGGUGAUGUUGCCCUCGCUCAAGGCCGCGCUGAAACGGGACAUUUCCGUCGAUGACUUCAACAACUCCCGGGAUGAGGACUUUGAGGAGGAGGAGCAGGGGGGCUGGUGCAACUGGUUGAAAGGCUUCAUGGUCAAGCUGCUGUACAGCGUGGUGUUCCUCGUCAUCGCCAGCCAGCAGGCCCUGGUCCUGUUUCCGCUCACCAACGCCGACUUCAACGACUACUGCAUCAACCUGGGCAAACCACCAGGCAUCUCUGUUCGCGACCUCGUCUGCUACCACAAGUACAGCCUCUCCGGUAUCCCCAUUGGCCUACCCAUGCUCCUUGGCGGGCGUCUUCUGUUGAAACUGGCCAACUCCUGUGACGAAGACGAGACCGACAUCGAAAGCGUCGACGGCGUCAUCAACCUGGUCCGCCUCGCCAUGUACAUCGCGGGCGCCAUCCUGGUCGUGAUUGGUGGUAUUCUGUUUGGGGUUUGGCUCGUUGGCGGCUUCAUCAUCGGCCCUUGGGUCCACUACACAUCCUGGGCCCAGAACCGCCUCCUUUUGCUUGCCGAGGCCCUCGCACCAGCACUCUUCACCCUCAUCACUUUUGUCCCAGAAUGCUUGUCAGACUGAUAGUGUGUGUG